ACUCACCACAACACAAUUGUUGUGGCUGAAAACAACAUCACGUGAAUUGGAAUGUCUUUAAUGUUUGUGUGAUUGGUUUUGUCGUUAAUACGUAGAAAAAUUGUGGGAAAUGCCUGUAACAUUAACAAAAAAUCAGAAACGUGGUUUAAUAUUAAGCCAUGAUGAAUUUAUGUAUUACUUGGUGACCAAAAGUGAAGGAAAGGUUUUGUGGCGAUGUUCGAAAUAUGGAAGAACAAGUCAUGGAUAUUGUUACACCACAAUAGCUGCUCCUGAAGGUGAAGUACUCUCGAUUAAGGAGCAUAAGCAUGCGGGUGUUGCUGGUGAAAUUGAACCUAAGGUAGUGAAAGCAAAAAUAAAUGACAGAGCAGUGUCAACUCAUGAUGGCCCUUCUAAAAUUCUUGCCAAACCGUUAGAAGGAGCCAGCGCCUCGGCCUCAGGUUGUUUACUAAAUCUUGAGUCAUUGGCGAAAACUGCAAGAAACAGACAAGCUAUUAAUAAUCCCACACCGCCUGAGCCAACUAGUGCCCAGGAUUUAAUUGUUUCUGGAAGUUAUUCUCAAACAACAAAGAAUGAGCCUUUCUUAAUGUACGAUUCUAAGAAUGAGAAUCGAAUCCUCAUUUUUUUUACAGAAUAUAAUCUGAAUACUCUGGCAUCUUGUGACACCUGGCUCCCUGAUGGAACUUUCCAAGUAUCUCCAUUAAACUUCCAGCAGUUGUAUACAAUACAUGGACUUAAGGACGGAAAAGUGCUGCCCCUAGUAUAUAUGAUGUGUAAAAAGAAGAGCAAAAAGACAUACAUUACUGUUUUGAGAAAAUUGAAAGAAUUAAACCCUGGAUUGAGCCUACUCGAUUGCUAAUUGAUUUCGAAAUGGCAAUGAUAAAGGCAUUCCAGAGGGAGUUCCCAAGGGCAGACGUGAGUGGCUGUUUGUUUCAUUUUUCUCAGGCCGUUUGGAGUAAAAUACAAGAACUUGGUUUACAACACAGAUAUAAUGAUGAUAGUGAUUUUGCAUUGCAAACCAGAAUGCUCCUUGCAUUAGCUUAUGUACAUCCUUCAGACGUGGUAAGGGCAUAUGAAAAGUUGAUUAAAUCCCCUUAUUACGAAGAAAAUCGAGUGAGUUACGCAGCUUUGCUUGCUUAUAUUGAUGAUACUUGGAUUGGAAAGAAGUUUCAGUCUUGGCGUAAGCAACGUGGGUCACCAAAAUUUGCCAUUGAUUUGUGGAAUCCAUUUGAAAGCGUGGUGAACAACGCACCCCGCACUAAAUGCAGUGGAAGGGUGGCACCACGCUUUCAAUUUGAGGGCUGGAGCAUGUCAUUUGUCGGCAUAGAAAUUUAUAGAGUUGAUUAAGUCUGAGCAAGUUUUGACUGAAGCUAUUCUUGAACAAUUGAAUACAGGAGGUGAGCCACCGAAGAAAAAGAGAAAAUAUCGUGAUUAUGCUAAACGUAUAAAGAAUAUUGUUAGUGACUACGAAAAUCGUGAUUAUCUGUAAUAUCUUCGAGGCAUUGAUCAAAAUAUUAAAUUUCAAUUGAAUGAGGAAAUAUUAAUGUAUUUUUGAUAACGUGCUAUGACAGGAGGAACAAUGAAUUGUGUUAUAUAAUUUGGAUUUUGUUUGCGGAAUUUUCGAUUUUUGAUCGUUGUUUGUGUGCUUGGGUGUUUAUCUGAGUAUUUUGAUAGAGUUUCAUUUGUGAAUUAUUAUUAUUUCUGUGAAUAAAUAUUUCCAUAGUU